AUGCAAAGACCUUAUGCCCACAUGAAAGCUUCUGAUAUGCAUGCAGUACUACUACUAAUCCUUGCAGCCAGGAAACCCAAGCUUGGACAAGAACAAGCAAUCGAUCAACCUCUCGAGAACGGCUACGGUAGAUCUGCUCUGAGUUCGAUGCGACGGACGGAGGAGAAUCUGACUACGGUGGAAGCGAUGACGACGGAGGAGGAUCCAGCAAUGAGAUGCAAAUUUGGGCCUUGGUUAAGAUAUGGAGUGUCCUUGGAUAGGAGCUUGUGGAAGCAAGUCAGGUCCCGGCGGCCAUGGCUGAAGCGCGGAGCAGCACAAACAGAACAGAACAGAGGUGGAGAUUAUGAUGAAGCAGCAGGUGGCUCUUCUUGUGCUGCUGCUGCUGUAUGUACUCGUGAUUUUGCUUUUGCUAGUGCCAAGCACUUGGGCAAGAUUACCACCAGAUUUGAUGAGCUGCGGCAGAGCUUGGAGAAGAGAAACAUGGAAUUGGCGGUAUGCAAGGAGUAA